GUUUCCCGGUGGCCAGUGCGGCGCCGUCAUGGAGACGCUGCGGGCAGAGAUCGCUCGGAAACGGCGGCAGGUGGAGGAACGGGAGCUGCUCGGGGAAUCAAAGAAGUACUUCAAGCGCAGUGACCUGACUCGGAAGGAAGAGGAGAAUUAUUUGGAGAGAUGUGGUUAUAAGGUUGUAAAUGAGGAGCCGCCGAUAAAGGUACAGUCGAAAACAAAUGAACAAGAUGAUUCAUCAUUGUCACAUCCAGUGCUUGAACUCGAGCUUGCAGAAGAGAAGCUACCAAUGACCCUUUCCAGGCAAGAGGUAAUUCGAAGGCUUCGUGAGAGAGGAGAACCAAUUCGAUUGUUCGCUGAGACAGACUAUGAAGCCUUUCAACGUCUUCGGAAAAUAGAAAUCCUAACUCCUGAAAUUAAUAAGGGUUUGAGAAAUGAUCUGAAAGCUGCUAUGGAUAAAAUAGACCAACAGUAUUUGAAUGAAAUUGUGGCUGGACAAGAACAAAGUGAAGAGGAGGAACAGAAUGACCUAAAAGUUCAUGAAGAAAACACCACGAUAGAGGAACUGGAGGCAUUGGGUGAGUCCUUGGGUCAGGGUGAUGACUAUAAAGACAUGGACAUUAUAACCAAAGUUCUGAGGUUUCUUCUUGGUGUUUGGGCAAAAGAUCUGAAUGCUAGAGAGGAUUAUUUAAAGUGUAGUGUACAGGGUAAACUGGCUGGGGCAACUCACAAGCAGACGGAAUCCUACUUAAAACCUCUCUUCAGGAAACUUCGGAAAAAGACUUUGCCACAGGACAUCAAAGAAUCUAUAACUGAUAUUAUCAAGUUCAUGUUACAACGGGAGUAUGUUAAGGCGAACGAUGCUUACCUUCAGAUGGCCAUUGGGAAUGCGCCCUGGCCUAUUGGAGUCACCAUGGUUGGUAUCCAUGCACGUACUGGCCGAGAAAAAAUCUUUUCCAAGCACGUGGCCCAUGUUUUAAAUGACGAAACACAGCGGAAAUACAUUCAGGGGCUGAAGAGAUUGAUGACUAUCUGUCAGAAGCACUUUCCAACAGAUCCUUCAAAGUGUGUGGAGUAUAAUGCUCUCUAAUCUGCUUCUGAAUGAGACAUCUUAUUAUUUACCAAUUAGAUAAACUUUGAUAUUCAGAACCAAAAUGAACUAUGAAGAAGAUUACGUGCGGCGCGCAGGUACUUUUUAUAUUACCCAGGUUCUGAGAAAAGCAUCAAAACUUUGUUCCCUACAAUUGUUUAGUAUCAAAUAAUGUAAACAUCUGUAUUCAGUUCUCUUCAAUUAGCCUUCCAGUAAUUCAAACCCUUUUUUAUGAGAAGAAAUAUCACUUGAGCAGAACUCACACAGUAUCUCAGCAAGGAGAAGUGGUGUUUAGGGGUAGUUUUGUAUUAUAUAUGUAUAUCAUUAAUAAAUAGUCUUCAUUUUUGUUAUGAUUGCACUUUUGCCACUCAGAUACUAUUUUACUGCCUUGUUUGAUAAUCUUUGUUGUGUUGUAAUAAAAAUAAUUUGGCUGCACGCAGUCCAAAUGACAUGAAUGGAUGUUUAGAUAGUCAUAGUCAUACUUUAUUGAUCCCGAUGGAAACUGGGUUUCGUUACAGUUGCACCAACCAAGAAUAGAGUAUAAAUAUAGAGUAUAAAUAAAGAUAUUGCCUUUAUAGCAAGUCAUGCUGAAUAUCCAUCUCAGAUUGAAGUGUGUCCAUUUACAAUAAUUUUACAACUAGAUUCCCUGGGUUGGGAAUCAAAAAGUCAAGGGCAGAGGUUUAAGGUGAGAGGGAAAGGGUUAAGAGGAAUUUGAGUGCAACUUUUUUUACGCAAAAGGUGGCAUCGUAUGUGGAACAGGGGUUCCCAACCUGUGGUCCACAGACUCCUCGAAUAAGGAUUUUUAAAAAAUGGUUUUAAAAACCCUGGUUUAGAAGGUUUCGGCCAAAAUGGCAACUGGGACUUGUUUAUAAUCGGCAUCUUGGUUGGCAUGGACCAGUGGGUCUGAAGGGCCUGUUCCUGUUUUCCUUAAUAAUUUCCUGCUGAUGUUGUUGACAUUUCUGCCGCAGAUUUAGUUUAGAGGGAAGUUUUAGUGCAGAUUUGCUUUUAGUUUUAGGUGGUGUAAGGGAAAUAGGGUUUCCCUUCCUCCACCUUUGAUGAUGCCCUCCCCCGGAUCUCCUCCAUUUCCCAGACAUCUGCCUGCUAUCUUAACAGUGAUAGAGCUCCUCUUGUCCUCAUCUACCACUCAUUAGCCUCCACAUCCAAUACAUCAUUUUUUGCAUACCUCCAUUUUCAAUAGGAUCCUACCACCAAACAAAUCUUUACCUCCCUCCCUCCUCCCCCCAAGUCUCCACUUUCUAAAUGGAUUGCUCCCUCCAUGGUUCCCUUGUCCAUUUGUCACUCCCCACUAAUCUCCAUUUGCAAGCGAUAGAAAUGCUGUACAUGCCCAUUCACCUCCUCUCUCACCUCCAUUCGGGUCCCCAAACAGUCCUUCCAGGUGAGGCAACAGGUUCCCUGCACAUCUGCUGGGGUCAUCUAUUGUGUUCGUUGUUCCCAAUGUGGUCUCCUUCUCAUUGAUGAGACCUGACAUAGGUUGGGGGACUUUUGUCAGGCACCUCCACUCCAUCUGUCAAAAGUGUAAUUUUCCUGAGGCCAAUCAUUUGAAUUCCAAUUCCCAUUCCACUUCAGACAUGUUGGUCCAUGGCCUCCUCUUUUGCGACGAUGAGUCUACUUUCGGUGGAGGAACAACACCUCAUAUUCUGUGUAGGUAACCUCUAAUCUGAUGGCAUGAACAUUGAUUUCUCCUUCCGGUCCACUUGUUUUCCCUCCCCCUUCUCUCUUCUUCUACUCACCACUCUGGUCUCUUACCUCCUCUCCUCAUCUGCCUAUCACCUCCCCCGGUGCCCCUCCUUCCCUUUCACUCAUGGCCCACUCUCCUCUCCUAUCAGAUCCCUCCUUCUCCAGCCCUUUACUUUUCCAUCCACUUGGCUUUACUUAUCACCUUCUAGCUGGUCCUCCUUCCCCUUCCCCCACCUUUUUAGUUUGGCAUCUUCCCCCUUCCUUUCCAGUCCUGGAGAAGGGUCUCAGCUCAAAAUGUUGACUGUUUAUUCAUUUCCUUUGAUGCUGCCUGAUCUGAGUUCUUCCAUCAUUUUGUGUGUGUUGCUCUAGAUUUCCAGUGUCUAGUUAGGGAGCUUAAGGUAAAGCAACCCUUAGGAGGCAGUGAUCAUAAUAUGAUAGAACUCACCUUGCAGUUUGAGAGGGUGAAGCUAAAGACAGAUGUGUCUGUAUUGCAGUGGAGUAAAGAGAAUUACAGAAGCUUGAGAGAGGAGCUGGCCAAAGUUGAUUGCAAGGGGACACUAGCAGGGAUGAUGACAGAACAGCAAUGGCUGGAGUUUCUUGGAGCAAGUUGGAAGCUGUAGAACAUGAUCCAAAGAUGAAGAAGUAUUCUAAAGGGAGGAUGAGGCUACGAUGGCUAACAAGGGAAGUCAAAGACAGCAGAAAAGCAAAAGAGUGGGCAUAUAAUAGAACAAAAAUUAGUGGGAAAUUAGAGGAUUGGGAAAAAUGAAAUGUAAGCUAGCCAAUAUUAUAAAAGAGAAUACCAAAACCUUUUUUCGGAUAUACCAAGAACAAAAGAGGUGAGAAUGGAUAUCCAACUGCUGGAAAAUAACAUUGGGAAGGUAGUAAUGGGAGGGCAAAGAAAUGGUGGAUGCACCUUAAGUAUUAUAUGUCAGUCUUUGGAGAAUGCCAGAAAUUCGAGAGUGUCGGGCAGAAGCGAGUGUAGUUGCUACAUGCAGGGUGAAUGUCAGCAAGACUAGGAAUUGUCUAUUAAUUUCCAGAAAAGGAAACUGAAUCUGUUGAUCGUGUUUGCACGCAUUUCUGCAUUGAGUUGCUGCUACAUGAUUGGCUGAUUAGAUGUUUGCAUUAACAAGCAGGUAUACGGGUGUACCUAAUACAAUAGAGAGUAUUUGAAAGAGUUAAACUAAUUUUACAUCUUUGUGGAACAGUUAAUAUUUGUUAUGUGAAUGUAUUUGCAUAAUGGUUCUUCAAACCAACACACUUUAUAUCAAUCCUUGACAUAGGUAAGCUAUUCCCACACUUCUUCUCAAAUUAUAGUUGGAAUUGGAAAAUUAAUGGCCAGGCUGGUAAAUAGAACCAGCUACACCAAUUACGGCAUAUUUAGUGUGGGAACUUUUUGCAUUUAUGUUUAAGAGAACUCAACAUGCUUGAGUUUAUAGAUAUUGUAAAAAGAAGUGCAACUUCUGAGUUGACCUUUGAUAAAUGAGUUAAUAUCUAAUGAAAACUGCCCCAAGUGACAUUAACUCUAUGCUGCAGCAAUUUAUGGAAUGAAGCCAUUUAGAACUAGGACAGUCUGUGAAAAUGUUCUCACAGUAUUUCUGUAACAAUUUCCAGCUGCCUGUGUUUGAAGCCAGGAGCAGUCACUGGAUAAAUUGUAUUAUGACAGCUGCAUCCCAUCGUGAAUCCAUUUUCUUCAUCUAUUUGUUGGUCAAAUUGACACCUCGGUUAAAGCAGUGAAUAAGAUCUAAUUUCCAGAUCAGCAGCAUAAACAUUGCAACUUCCUAUCUCUGUGCACAAGAUAAUUGCUUAAACUGCCUGCAAACCCACAAGUACACAAGUAAAGUCACUCAGGUCUUGCUUUGGUGAAGUUCAGUGACUUGUUAAGAUAGUAUAUGGAUUAACAAUAGUUAGAAAUUAUUUUAAUCUAAGUUUAAAGAGCUUAUGUGAACAGUUUUUAAUAAUGCUGAAUAAGGCCUUUAUCUUUUCUACCUAUCACUUCCCUGCUUUAUCUUAAGUUCCCCGCUUCUUUAUCUCAAGUUCCCCAAUGACCCACCUUCCCCCUCACCUGGUCUCACCUAUCACCCCUUCCCGCCUUCUUAUUCUGGCUUCUUCCCCCAUCCUUCCCUGUCCUGAUGAAGGGCCUCAGCCUGAAGCAUCUACUGUUUGUUCUCAGAAAAACAUAUAGUCCAUGUAUGUUGCAGCAAUCUGCAGUUGAACACAAAUACAGCUUGUCUUGUGUUGAGCAAACACAGGAGAGGACACUGUGCCACACCGUCUCAGGUGGGGUGCACCAACUGUGAUGCCUUUCUCCCGGGCAGCUGUAAACAAGUGACAAUGCAACUCGGGGCCUUGCCCUUGCUAUGACCGAAGCCACACAGUCUCCCACCGUCUGCCAACAAAUCAGUGAACUGGAUGCAGCAUUCCACAUUAACAAUUACCAACGUGCUCGCGUCACUCACUGUUAGACUGCACACCACCCUCACGUACCAACUCCUCCGAUGCCUCUGACACAGGCAACAGUGUGAUCCACACCAAGGGUCUCGGCCUUAAACGUCAACUGUUUAUUCUCUUCCAUGAAGGCUGCCUGACCUGCUGAGUUCCUCCAGCAUUUUGUGUGUGUUGCUCUGGAUUUCCAGCACCUGCAGAAUCUCUUGAGUUUUUGAAGGGCGAUGUAUGCUGAUUUUGCCAGUAACACCCACAUCCCAUAAAUAAAUUUAAAUAGACAAACUCAUAUUGAGAAAAUUCAAUUAAUGGUUUAUUAUUGUCACAUGUACCAAGAUACAGUGAGAAGCUUUUCUCGCUACCUUAUGCUAUCUCAUUAUGAUCUUGCACUUCAUCAUUUAUCUAAACUAUGCAUUUUUGGUAGCUUUUAUAUUCUGCAUUGUUAUUGGUUUAAUGUAUUCUACCUCAAUGCACUGAUCUGACAAAAUAAAUCAAUUUUAACCCAGUAUGAACAAUGUGCAAGACAAACUUUUCAUUGUAUCUUGGUACAUGUACUAAUUCCAACACCAAUACUGUUUAUACAGAUCAAAUCAUUAUACAAUGCACUGAGGUAGAACAAGAUAAAAGAAUAAUAAGCCACAAAAUGCUGGAGGAAAUCAGCAGAUCAGGCACCAUCUCUGCAAAGGAAUAAAUAGUUGACUACUUUUAUCGAUAGAACAGCUUCAGAGAAAGUGCAGCGCAGGGAGACAAUAAGGUGCAAGAUCAUAACGAGGUAGAUUAUGAGGCCAAGAGUCCACCAUCUAUCAUGUGUGGUGUUUCCAUCUGGGAAGGGGUCUUGAGGACCAGACAGCAGUGUCUCAGAAUAGAAGGACAUUCAUUUUUAGAACGGAGAUGAAGAGAAAUUUUUUUUAGACAGGGGUUCCCAACCUGGGGUUAAUGGUAAGGGCUCCCUGGCAUAAAAAAUGUUUGGGAACCCCUGUUUCAGUGAGAGUUUGGUGGAUCUGUGGAAUUCUUUGCCAUAAGUGACUGUGAAAGCUAGGUCAUUGGGCAUAUUUAAGGCAGAGGUUGAUAGGGUGUGAAAGGUUACAGGGAGAAGGCAGGAGAAUGGGGUUGAGAGGGAAAAUGGAUCAGCCAUGAUGAAAUUCCAGAGCUAACUGGCCUAAUUCUGCUCCCAUGUCUUAUGGGACCAUUCAGUCGUUUAAGAGCAGGGUCAAAAUUGUCCUUGAGCCUGGUGGUACAUGCUUGCAGGCUUUUGAAUCUGCUGCCCCAAUGAAAGAGGGGAUAAGACAAUGUCGGAGGUAUGUGGGGUCUUUGAUUGUGCUGGUUGCUUUACUGAGGCAGUGGGAAGUACUGACAAAGUAAAUCAAUUUUAAUCCAGUUUAUCCCCUUUUUAUUAUUCCCAUUUAAUUCCAUUCCAUUCCCGUCUAACAGUGACUGAGAUUUUUCCAAUAAUAUUUCAUGAUCUAUGAACCCUGCAUGAGUAUCCUAAUGAAAGGUCUCAGGCCAAAGCAUCAGCUGUUUAAGAUGGCGCUGCUGAAGGUGGGUGACAGCUUACUGGUGGUUUUCAAAGCAGGAAGUAUGAGUAAAUACUCUAUUAAUAACAUUUAUUACAUGGAAAAUUGUAGUAAAUGAUCACCGCAAACAAUUAAGAGGCAAGGAUAGGUGAGGCUGGUCUGAGGGCUGAAGCACGAGGGUGUGAGAUGGAGUAGGAGCAUGGUUGAGGCAUGUUCAAAUGGCUGGAGGGAGGUCGUGACACGCUGGAGAUGAAGUCUGAGUCAGAGAUGGAUCUGAGUUGUUUCGGAGUCCGUCAACCUAAAUCAGGAGUGAGGUUAGGUCCAUCUAAAUGCUGGGCCGAUUUGGAAAUGUUGAGUACGGGCCAGCCCAGAGUGUAUUACUGCAGUGGGACCUGGGUCCUCAUGCAGGGGUGACCCGGUGCUUUGACAAUUUAAAUGUUGGGCCAGAUGGACUGGAAAGGCAGGGUGCCGGGGCCGGGGCCGGUUCUGCUCUGAUGUUUUACCCCGCUCUCCUCAACUCUGAGGCUGUGUCCUGCUCUGGCUGCUCCGUGCUGCACUACAACGAUGAGCUGAGGCUGAGGCUUUGUGCUUCAGGUUUAUGGACUCAAUUUCAUUCUGAAUGCUGACGCUCGCUUUAUUGUUGGCUUGAUUUUUUUUUCCUUCUCUGCACAUUGGGUAUUGGUCUUUUUUUAAUUGGAUUAUUUUGGGUUUUUUUGUUUUGCAGCUGCCUUUAAGAGGAAUCUCAAAGUUGUAUAAUUUAUACAAUAUGAUAAUAAAUGUACUUUGAA